AUGUUUUCCCCUGCUGCUGGUGGUGGUAAUAAUCCGAAUCGCGUGCCUGAUCCACGCGAAGAAAUUCUAUUGGAAACAAAUUUCGAAGAUGAUGGUGUACUAACGCGUGCCUACAAUGCUAGACCACUCAUUGGAAGCUGUAAUCGGCGUAGAGCACAUCGUUCCGAAUUAUCCAUUGAUCGUUAUACAGAACGUGAUGGUGGUGAAGGUGAUUGCUGCCAAUCAUGUAUGGCCAGAAUACCCUAUGCCACCCUAAUAGCCACUCUUAUGUGUCUAUUGGGCGUUGGCAUAUUCUGCGGCACCAUGUACAGAGGAGCUUCAUUAACUGUAAUUAUGAUGGAUCAAGUAUUCCAUUUAAGACUGAUAUGGAUUGAAACAGUUCGCAUGAUUUUUAUUAUAAUUGGCGGUACAAUGGCUACCUUGGGAUUCAUGAUAUUAUUCGUUGGAUUUCUGGCAACUGGCGCUACACGCUAUAAAGUUUAUCGAGCCUGGGGUACGCGUGUUGGUGGUCGUAUAUCCUGUGCAGUGCUCAUGGGUCUAACAUAUUUGCUCAAUUUUGUCUGGACACUGAUAUUAUGUUUUUUGGUUGUGUGUACCUUCAUCUACACCAUGUUCUGGAAUAUGUGUUCAAGCGUUGAACGCUCAAAUACUUGUAUAGAUUUAACACAAUUUCAUUUCAUGUUCCCCUCGACUACCAAACAAGAAGAUAUGAAAAUAUGUGAACCGUGGGAAAUUAAAGCCUUUUGUAAAGAUGGUGUUGAAAAUGCAGAAGUCAUGUUUAUAUUGGCCACGUUGGCAACAUUAUUGGUCAUAUUGAGUUUGGUUCAUUAUUUGAUGUGUUUGUCGGCAAAUUAUAGUCACAUUCGUGAUCAUGAAAAAUUCCAAGAACUGCAAGAAAUACAACAUCUCAACGAACUGGAAUACAGUGCAACAUCUAAGGAACGUUUCUAG